CACAGGCGCAGGCUCAGACACACCUCCUCCUUCCUCUUCAUCUCACACAAACGCGCAUACCAAAAAGACACAAGCGAGCGUGUGAGCGUUGCUGGGUGAAGUAGGAAACAUGUAAGACGGAAUGAAGGACGGAUGGACUCCGGCAGGAUCACGGCAGGUGCGGUAACGGGUGAAGCUGCUCAGGAACGGGGCUGUCGCUUCAUCAUGUCCACCGCAGCGGAUUCACUCACUGACGAGACGGUUGCGUUGAUCUUGAAUAACACUGAAUGGAGAAGAGGGAUGUUCCUUUAAGAUGACACGAACACAUCCCCCUGAUAUACUUGCAUCGACUCUAUAUCAGGACUUUACUUUAAAUCCCCUAACUGACCACUCAGUUUCUCUCCAGUCCUCUCAGCAAUGUGACUUAAAAAUGAUUGACAAACCGGAAAUCAUUAACAAAAGACACUGCCGCAGCUUUGACUUCAUCGAGUCACUGGAUGACCCCCAGUCUUUCUCUUCAACAAUGGAGUACCCUUACAAGAGGGCUGAGCAUCAGACAUUGAACAAAGAUCUAAUGUGGAAUGGCCUAGAUCAAUCUGGGCACCUGCGCUUUUCAUCUCCUGAUCUGUUCAACACCAGGCAGUUCCAGCAGCAGCCUGGCCAGGACAAAACUAGCCAUCUAACGUGGUCAGAUUCUAAAAAGAGAACAAGAUCUAAAAGUGCUCCAAGAAUCAAGGCCACCCUCACUCCCGUGCCCAUCUCAGUGUCCCCUCCAGGGGUCGGGAAGGGGAGGGAUGCACCCCAGGCUGCGUCAGAUACCAUGAGGACUUCUGAAACACAUCGAGAGUCGUACUCAUCCAACAGGGCUUUUUUGAAUGAUGUGCAUCCUUCCAAACUGCAACACCAUACUCCUCUCUAUGUCUCGGACUGUUUUGAGGAGGAUAAACCAGAUAAACCAGCCACAACCCCUCAUGUCAGGUGCCGUGUGGACAUUAAACCAGAUGCUGCUGUUCUGCAGCACACAUCAAGGCAGGUUCCCAAUGUGCGGACUGACCAUCUUUGGCAAAGAUACUCCCAGGCCAGCAGUAGAGGAUUAUAUGUACCACGACAGAUUGUCUCCUCACCAACUCCCACUCCGAGUGAAUGCUACAGUGGAGACUAUAGACAAGGAUACCACUAUACCACCAGCAUGUCUCCAAUCUCUUACCAGCAUCUAGACAUGCACAGAAUGCCGUCACCAACUGCACCAUUUCUCAGUCAAGAACAAAGAGCUUACUCAAAUCCAAAUAUACCAACCAAGUUUUUCUAUACAGAGGACCCUGUGCGAUAUUCAGUUCAUCCCUACUCUAGAGCAUACUACCAGGAUGAUCGGUCUAGUCUUACCAGCCAUGGUAGUACAAUAACUGGUCAGUAUGAUCCAAGGACUCGCUGGGUGCACACCCUUCCUGUCAGGUCGUAUUACACAGACCAACUUUCCAACAGAGACUCUGUAUAUAGUAGGCCUUACUCCACAAGUGAGGCAGGAUCAUACUUUUCUCAAGCUCCACUAUCUAGAUCUUACUAUGGAGAUGAUAGCCGGUUUAAUCCAUACCAUUCCAUGAGUAGUUCCAGGUUGUUCUAUCCUAAAACAUACAGUUCCCCUGAGGAGCAGUACUUUCCAAGGCCAUGCCAAACAGAGGGUCGCCGUCGCCCUCGUAUGUCCCAGGCCUUUUCUGACGACUGGUAUCGCUCAAGCAUAUCUGGUUACUCUAACCAGUCCUCUCAGAUAACACCUCCAAGAAUUGGGCGAGACCCCAGUAUACCCCCUUGGUUUACUAACAGCUGUUUGGAGAACAGCAGACUAGGAUCAGAGGUCAGAAACCACUCGAAGUCAUGGGACAAUAUUCUAUAUCCCAGGCAUGACAGAGAGCAAUCAGUGCCUCGUGGACGAAGCUAUGAGAAUCUGUUUUACCAAGCAAGGCAUGGAGCAUCCUCCGAUGUCACAUCUCAACCUGUUAUUCUUAAUCUCUCAAGUUCACCAAGGCGCUAUGCCGCCCUUUCGCUCUCUGAAAACUCCUUAGAGAAAAGCUCAAACAAUCCCUGGAGAAAUACCAAGAGUGGGCACUGGUUUGUUACUCCUGAGAUCACCAUUACUGAUAAUGACCUGAGUGCGGGUAAGAACAAGCGGCGUGAUGUGCACUCUGUCAGCUGGGAUACGUUGGAGAGUGAAAAGACACCUCCUCCUAGAGUAAUGCCUGAGAAGCAGCCAUCUAACACAGUAGAAGUUACCAAAGACAGGAAACACAACAAUUUCUCCCUUCAGCAGAGUCUAGAGCAACUAGACGAACUCUUAGCUGAUUUGGUCAUUGAUUACAAACCACCAACUCGCAGAAAGUCAAGUGAAGACCUUUUAGACCAGCUUAAACAAUUAAUCUCUGAAGACGAUGACAAAGACAGAGGAUCCUCUGGACUUGAAAACUUAGGGAGUCCAAACACACCACUCCCAUCCUCUAAAUCCAGCCCUGACACAUUCAAAGACCCUGAUAGUGGAUGUGAUGCUUUACAAAGGAGUGCAGAAGAAUGCUCCCCUGACCACAGUACAGAUGAAGAUGACACUAUGGUGUGUGCUAACAACAAGUGCAACCGGACUGAGAAUAUGUUCAAUGCCUGCUUGUACUACAAAUCCUGUCACAGUUGCUACACCUUCUACUGCUCACGAAACUGCCGUAGGGACGACUGGGAGACCCAUAAAGAGACUUGUGUGUACGGGCGUGUCAACAGUGUGUGUCGACAUUCACUCAAGUUCUGCAGGGAGAAUUCAGAGAUCCACAAAGCCUUCUCUCGGGUUGCUAAAGCUGGCUACCUCUCCAGAGGUAGAGGUGUUCUCUUUCUGGGAUUUGCUAAUCCAGAGACAGCUGACAACUUCCUGCAUGUAGGGCUUGAGAGCCUACUCAUGUCUCCCACGUACCUAUCUCUCAGAGAACUAGAUGGCUUCAAGGACAACCUUGGUGAAUACUGCAAAGAACUACAGUUGGCAGGCAAUGAGUAUGACCCCAAUGAAUGUUUUCUUCUGAAUGUAUCUGUAGCUGUUGGUGAACUAGUGCCUAAUAGACCUUCACCAAGGGUCCAAGCACCAACAGUUCGCAAAUAUGCAAAGGUGUCCUUGGCAUCCUCAAGCCCUGACAAAAAGGUGCUCAAAAAGGACAGUGAAAUGGAGACUCUCAUCCUAACUCCACCUCCAGGCACACCAGACAUCGACAAGGAGGGCGAGGAGGGAAGAAAAGCAAGGGAGGUUUGCUUUGUCAAUAUCCAGCGUGAGCUCAGGACCAGGGGAGUGUUCCUCCGUCACGAGUACCCGAUAAUCUAUAAUCAGCUGUGUGCGUUUGUUGAGACUAACAAAAGGUUCACUCCGACUACGAUUUACCCAAUAGAUAAGAGAACAGGGAAACAGUUUAUGUGCAUGAUCAUGGCUGCUUCAGAGCCAAGAACACUGGACUGGGUGGGCACCCCUCAUCUCUUGGAUGAUAUUAUAUAGUAGAGCACUAAUCAGUGAUGAUGAUGAUGAUGAUGAUGAUGUCAGCUACAUUAAAUGUACAUAAUGUAUAUACAUGGUGUGGUUUAGCAAACUUGAAAAGUGAUAUGGAAUUAUGUUGAAAUAUGUGACCAAUUUAUUUAUUUCUGUCUUUCUUUCUUUCUUUGUCUUUCCUUCUCUCUGUCUUUCUUUCUUUCUUUCUUUCUUUCUUUCUUUCUUUCUUUCUUUCUUUCUUUCUAAUAUUUCGCGGUAGCUUAUUCUGAUCCUGUUGCACUCAGAAGAGCAAAUAGCCUGCAUGUGGACUAGGCACAAACCCCAUCCAGGUGAUUUAAAUGUGGACAUAUAUGAUCUAUUCAGUUUCUGCAAACAAUGUUUGAAGCACACAAUAUUUAUGAAGAAAACAUCUCAUUGCAGACACAGAAUGAUCACAGGCACAGCCAAGACAACCAUCAUUGAUUUUCUAAAAGAUGUUAUACCAGAGAUUUUUAUUAUACCAUGUUGCGGUGGUUGUAAUAUUACAUACUGUUUAUAAGUAUUAUUUCCCAAGCAAACUGUAGUUGUGUGGAUAUAUUUUUAAUUGUGUAUAUAUAUAUAAGUUAUUGUUUGAUAGAUGAAGAGAUUCAAUCAAAACACCUUUUUGUUUUCCCAAUUCAUAAAAAUGUAAGUUCAAACUAUAUCAUCAUAAGACUUUGAUGUCAUUCUUGUGUAGAAUGCUUUGUUUGAUAGUGGCCUUCAGUCGAAAAAAAAAUGCAUUUGACACAAAGUAAUGUAGAUGUUGAGCUUAUUCUAAAGCAUUGAGAGCUCUGGACUUCGGCUGUUUGAAAUACCAUUGUAAAUGAACUAUUAUUUUGCUCAAAGCAUGUUAUUAAAUUCAGGUAUUUUAAUAUUGAUAUUGCUUAAAAUUACAUUUAUUAUGUUUAUGAAUUUGAUGCUUAGAAAUGUAAGAGGUAUAUAUAUUGAAUAUAAGAUAAUUUGAAAAUCAUGAGACCUUAUUGUAACUAUAGUACUACAUUAUGUUCUUAAACAAUAUGCAAUAAAAGAGCAACCUUACCAUAUAUAUUCUAAAAACCUAUUUUAUUAUUAUAUUGAAUAAUCCCUUGGAGCCAAGAGCUGCAAAGACUUUGUUUGCACUAAAACUUAAAUUAUAAAUGAGAAUGUUCUUAACACAGCUGCAGAACUGAACACAGAUAUGAUGAUAUGAAUAUAUGCUUGCUUCUAUUGCCUAUGUAAACUAAUCUAAGAUUGCUCUUUUACUUGAUGGUAUAUAUCUUUGUGCAAGACCUUCCACGACUUUCUAUUUUGUGAUGUUUAUAACCCAUAUAAAAUAUAUAAUAAAUGGAAUUUAAAGAGUGA